AUAAAAAUCAUAGUGGAUACAAUCUAACUUAAAGCUAAAAAAAAUAUUGUUUUCUAUAUGCAAGACACACAUUAAGUACAAUUGGUAAUUUAUUAAGCUCCAAGUUAGUAUUCACAAAAAAGGAACUUUUGGCUUUCAUUGCUUUUUAAUUGGUUAUAGUAGUUAUCCAUUGAAGUGGCUUCUAAGUUUUCUUUCCUCCUUUGAAAACAGCUCUUGAGGAUAGAAAGAAAAUGCUGCUUUAUGAAGAUUUAAUUUCCGGAGAAAAGCUCUUUUCCAUAGAGGAAGAUUAUAUGUCGGCCUCUGAUUAUGCCAUCAACACUGAUAUUGCGGAGUACCGUCAAGAACUGAUCAAAAUUAUCAUGGAGGUUUCUGCUUCAAUUACUUUCAAGAUACGAUGUGCAGCAGUUUCUUAUUUCGAUAGAUAUGCAUCGAGAUAUGAGACUUCGGUGGUUCUUGGAAAAGACUGUGAAGUACUUGCUUAUACGUGUUUGAUUACUGAGGCUAAAGUGGAGAGGAAUGAUGUAUUCAUCUAUGACUUUGCUGGUGGAAAGCUGCUGGACUUUCUCCAAGUACACAUACAUUCAGCUCAGGUUGAUUUACUCAAGGUAUUGGGUUGGAGGUUACGACUACUUACACCUUUGUGCUUCAUUGACUAUCUGGGAUCAAUUUUGUAUGAGCAACCUGUCAAGUGCCGCCUGUCUGACGAGAUUGAGCAGUUCCUUUUUGAGACCCUGAGUGACAUUGCAUAUACGAUGUACAGACCUUCUGUUCUUGCGGCUGCAACAUUGCUUCUAAUCCAGCCACUUGAAAACUAUGAGCAGAGGUUGGCUCAAUGUCCUUUGGAUAUGGUUUCACUCCAUGAGUGCAUUAAGCAAAUGAAGACCACGCGUAUCUGAUAUCUGAGAAGUCAUGCAUUUUUCGUGUCUAUGGCAGGAUCAAUUUGGUUACUAUGUGUAUUAUCAGUUCAUGACUGAAGCCUUGGGGAUUGAUUGCAAUACUUUCGUGAAGAUGCUUUUGCAGACCUCUUUUGCAGGUUGUCCCUAGAUUUUAGUUCACUUGUGCAACUGAAUCUCUAUAUACGGAGUACUUUUUUUCCUCAGAUCCCUGGCUUGUCCUUUCAAAAAAAAAAAAAAAAAGAUAGAUCCCUGGCUUGUGGAUCAACGUUAAAAAGCUUCUUAUGAACAACAUGUGAUGCUGGCAACUGAGUAAUUGAAUUUAGUUAAUGUAUAUGCA